UCGUCAUGUUUUCACCUUCUUGAUCCUAUAUUUGAUAAAGUUUCCGAACGUUUUCUUAUGAAUCUCGUAACAGCUAUCAUCAAUAUCAUUGCCUCUCCUUUCGCUGUGAUUUCAAACGUGUUAAUCACCGUCGCCAUCUUCAACAAUGCCCGACUCCGAACGCCAUCAAACAUUCUGAUAUGUUGUUUGGCUCUCUCAGAUAUCUUGGUUGGCCUUGCAGUUCAACCAGGUUAUAUCACCUACAGACUCAUGGAAAACCAGCAUCGGUCAGCUCCUUGCUUUGUUCGACUUAUAUACGCCAAUGCGUUCUAUAUUUGUUGUGGGGUUUCUUUUAUGACAUUGACGGCCGUCAGCUAUGAGCGAUUUGUUGCUGUUCGUUUACUGGCAAGGUACAAUAACCUUUUCUCAUCAAAACGCGUUCUUAAGUAUGUGGCUAUUAUCUGGGUACUGAAUAUUUUGUUAACAACUCUUCAAUGGGUGGGUGUAACCAAAAUAUCGAAGGCUGUGCAUUUGAUGGUGUGGUUUUUCUGUCUUUUGGUUUCUGGAAAAACACACGUUGGAAUCGUUUGGGUGUUGCGGAGACACCGUCUUCAGAUGCAACCACAACAAACUAUUAACGAAAACAUCCGAAAACAGAGAGAAGCCAGAAUUUCGAGAAGAAUUUUGUUAAUUGUUGGAGUCUAUUUUCUUUUAAACACGCCUGUUCUAUUAGCGAAGAUGUAUCAUCAAAUUCUACAGCAGGACAUAAAAACUUAUAACCACUUUAGCUGGACGGAAACUCUUGCUUUUUUGAACUCGUGCACAAAUCCAAUGAUCUGCUUUUGGAAAAACCGACAAGUUAGGCAAGGAGUACUGACAAUGCUUAAAACAAUAUGUUGCUACAACUAAUCAUUGUAUAAAAGCCGUAUUGAAUUUUUUUGUUGCUUGUCUUCGCUUUCUCUUCCUAAAGUAUACAACUAAAGCCAAGUGAAAUUCUAAAGAUUAAUUGUCUUAAUUUUUCAUUCUAUUAUCAAAGUAUGAAGAACACAGUCAAGUAGCACAACCCUUUUUAUUUUAUUUUAGCAGAUAGAAGCAUGUAAAUUUUCUUUGCCAACAGAGUUGGUCUAUUUUAUAUUUACUGCAGACAUAGAGAAAGAGUUUUCCUAAUCUUUCACACGCACAAUGUCGUCGAAUUGAAGGUAUAACAUUCAAUGGAUAGUCUAGGAUUGAUUUGCUCUCUAACGCCUCGUUGGGUAAAAUGGCAACACCCUAAACGAGUCGUUUCAGUGUCGCAGACUUAGUUACCAAGGUAUAUCACGGAUUGAUGUAUUAUACAGUUAAUUAACGAUUAGUCCACCAUCGCUGUCUGCUUUGCUAAUAAAUACAGCCAGUAGACAGUAUAGGUCAGCGAAUUUCAGUGCGUCAUUUAUAUGGGGAAAAAUUACAUGAGCCAUUCUACCAUACUCUCCAAAUGUGGUAACUGUACGUGUCCGCUAAAAAUUAAAACAAGCUGAAAAUCGGUUGUUUUUACAAAUAAAGUCGGGAAAAAUUCUCGAUAUUUUGUGGAACAAUUAUUCCACUCGCGCUUGUUGGAUAUGAGAUGAUUAUAGCCAAUUCGGCGCUAUGCGCCUCGUUGGCUAUUGACCAUCUCAUUUCCAACGCACACUCGUGGAAUAAUUGUUAAAUAUACUAACAAUUCUUGCCUGGUUUGAACACAACACUAUACCCUCAGGAUUAAAAGGUGCACGAAAAAAAAUCAUUAAUUAAUUUAAUAUUUGUAGCAAAGGAUUGUAUGUUCCAAGCAUUAUCGUAGUUUAGCCUGUGAUCAUGCCCUCCAUGACUGUAUGAUAUACAAUCUACCUCUAUUAUGUCGAAAACAACAACAACAAAAAAAGACGCCUGGUCGUAGGUUAUAUGUGGUCUUUUCUUACAAGUAUAUAAUGGAAAUCAAGAACCUGAACAAUGAUACCGUGACAUUAAUCUCAGUUUCUGUGUCAAUAUCACUACUCCACACUAAUUGUAAAUGUCACUCCUGUUUUCUUAGUGCGUUUUGGGAAAAAAAAUGAUAAAUUUCAUAUUUGCUUUCAUUUCUCAAGGUUAUCUGAACAUCACGCUUGAAUUUAACUGUUAAUGUUUAAGUUUAUUUCUUUUCUUUCUCGGAUCGAAAACGUGUUACUUAGCUGACUAUAGAAACAUGUACAUAAAAAACUCUAAAUUCUAAAUCUACGAAACAGGAUAUGCUGCGACAAUGCUUUUAUUAUUUUACGGAACGAAACUUAAAUUUAAGCUUCUACACGUUUCAUGUUGUUCUUUUUCAAUGUAGGUUCAACCAUUUAAACUUUGCGUCGGAAAAUGUUUCAGAAAAGAAAUCCACUUUUCAUGUGUUGUGGCUGCGUUCCACAAAAUUUGCAAUUUGAUUGCAUCACCCUGACUGAGAAUAAUAAAUGAAAAAUGUUUGUUAAAGCUGAUUGCAUGAUGCAACAAAACACAAUGUGGUGUAAAAACCUAUAACAUAGCAUCCAAAGAAAAUCUUUCCAGAAUUAUCUAACGUUACUUUAUUAAAAAGAGAGCUUUCCGGGUCAGGAGCUUUCUCGAAUCAUUCAGUCUAGUGAUCUCAGUUUAUUACAUAACUCGAGGAUAGGCUGUUAAGGAUUUUUUUUUUCAAGUAAGAGUGGCAGGUGUAUAUUUUUAAAUUGGAUUUCACGUCAACAAAAACCAAGAAAAUAGAUUAAACGUAUUAAAACAAAUGACCUGGCCAAAUAUCGUGGACUAACGUUUUUGAACACAAUAUAGUCGACGGCCUACUGAUCAUCAUCAUCAUUAUGGCGGCGAACAAUUCUUCGACUACAGUCUUACCACCGCCUUCAUCUUGUUUCCAUCUGCGCGAUCCUUCUUUCCAAAACGUUUCCGAACGUUUUACUAUGAAUCUCGUAACUGCUGUCAUCAAUAUCAUUACCUCUCCUCUCGCUGUGAUCUCCAACUCAUUUAUAGCAGUCGUCAUAUUUACCAAUGUCCGACUUCGAACACCGUCAAAUCUUCUCAUAGGUUGUUUGGCGCUCUCAGAUAUCUUGGUUGGCCUUGCAGUUCAACCAGGUUAUAUUACCUACAGACUCAUGGAAAACCAGCAUAGGUCAGUUCCAUGCUUUCUUCGAAUUUUAUACUCCAAUUCUUUCUAUAUUUGUUGUGGGGUGUCUUUUAUGACACUGACCGCUGUCAGCUAUGAGCGAUUUGUGGCUGUGCGAUUGCAGACAAGGUACAACGAUGUUUUCUCGUCAGGACGAGUCCUUAAAUAUGUGGUGGCUAUUUGGACUCUGAAUACUUUGUUGACCAAUCUACAAUGGGCAGGAAUAAGCAAAAUAUGGAAGGGCAUUCAGUUGAUUUUGUGGUUUUUCUGUGUUCUGGUUUCCGGGGCAGCAAACAUUGGGAUUGUUUUUGUUUUGCGUCGACACCGCUGCCAAGUGCAAAGCCAUCAACUUUUUACUGAACUUGUGCGUAGGCAUAGGCAAGUCAAACUUACAAAAAACAUCUCGGUCGUUGUUGGAAUUUAUUUCCUUUUUAACACACCAUUUUUGUUCGCAAAAAUCUACCACCAGAUUUUACAGCAAGACAUAAAGACUUACAACCACUACAGCUGGUCAGAAACACUGGCUUUUUUAAACUCUUGCACGAAUCCUUUAAUCUGCUGUUGGAAAAAUCGACGAAUUCGUAAAGGGAUCGAGACAGAGUUUAAAAAAAUCUGUUGUAAUCGCUAG